CAACACUAUCUUAGUUCGUUAGCCAGUCAAGUCAACCGAGUCGAUCGGUCAACGAUACUUUAUUGUUCAAAAAAUGAGAUAAACAUUAUCUUUGGGUGAAAUUGCUACGAGUCUAUUUGUGGAAUUGAGUGUUUUCUUAAAGUGCAGGUAAAAAUGACAUCUACACCGCAGAAAGUGAACAAUGUCCCAACUUCGACCGAAGGAGCCCUGGGCAAUCGAAAAAAAUCCCGUAACAGCAAGGGUUCGUACCUUACUAAAUGGUUGGAUAAAACUAUGCGGCAUAUACAAGAGACUACAGCAAAUACGAACCCGUAUGAUUCGUAUGUCGCACCAAAUUUAAAUUGGCCGGUCAGUAAUACACUUGGCUCCAAUCACGAAAUCUUUCGAAAUAACAUGUACAGUUAUUUGCAUGAUCCAGUGCUGCCUACAUCUUCGAUGUAUUACAACCCUCAUGUGCACCCAGGGUACAAUUCUGGAUAUCGUUGCAUGCACCACUCUGAACAGACACAUAGACCUAAAUUAAGACGGAAUGAGAAUAAGGCCGAAGAAGUUUCUAGUGCGCCAAUGGAGAAUGUUGAUAGUAUGAUAAGUCAUAGCUACAUGCCGAAAAAUUCGGAUAGUCAGGACUACACAAGUUUACCCCCAAUUGUAACUUCUAUAGGUGACACGAAUUCUACAAGUGACUUAAACGUACCGAAGGAAGACUCAAAUAAUGCUCGAAGAUACAGUGACCCAUGUGUAAGAGGUUUGCCUGAUGUAGCAAGACCAGCUAACGGUGACAUAGAUUCUGUGUCUGAUGAGAGUUCUGAUUUCUCUGAGAAUGAAGUUGGAAGCCGUCUAUUAGCUUGUCUCUUGGAUCAAAUAACAACAUUAAAAGGGGCUAACGAAAAAUUGAAUAAAGAAUUGCAGGAAACAAGAGCGGAACUAGAAGCAAUGCGACAUCAAACUGCAUUCAUACAGAAUGCUUCAAGCACAAAUCUCGGAGCUAUGGGGAGUCCUCUUAACAACAAUGGGCUUCUUAACGGCCAGUACCCCCCGGGACUCCUAACAGACCUCGUGCGAGAGAUCCGAGAUGCCGCACGUUUGAGAGAAGAGGCGCUCUACACCAGGGUACGAGCUAUGGUGCUGGAGAGGGUCGAUAAUAGCUACUCGUCCACAGAGUCGAAAAAGUCUGAAAGAACAAUUGAAGAUUUAAAGAGCGCUCUCCGCGCAGCGGACGCUGACAGUCGACGUAUGAUGGAUCGCGUCGCCAAGCUCGAGGAGGACGUGCGGCUGUUGAGGGUCAAAGAAUCUGAUACUGAGAACAGAAUAACGAACGGCAAUGUUGAGGAUGCGGAGACAGAACGCUUACGUCUGCGCAAAGAAAUCGAGAACAUUCGAAAAGCAAAGCAAAGUUCCGACGAACAUGCUCUCAAACUGGAACGUCUAGUUACACAGCUGCGAUCCAAAUUCACCGGCAUCCAGACUACAAACGGUCCCGAAUCGCUCCCGAGCGAAUCCGAACACGAUACGAACGCGCGCAUUCGCCGAACGAGCGGCAACUCGAGCAACAAUUCCACGGUCGUCUUCGGACCUGUAACAGAUUUGUAGCGAACGGAGUGUAUCCAGAUCGUGUACGCGCUUACCACGGAUCUUUUGAUAUCAAUUUAUUCUAGAAUCUUCUAAGCGCGUAUAUAAGGUCUGAAGACCUUGUGAGACUCUGGUUUUAAGUGUUUGAUUUUUAAUGAUUGGUGUGUUAUGUCCAAUAUAUUCGACACAUAAGAUACGAAUCUCAUAUCUCAUAGUUUAUAUCCAUAAGUACAUACGUUAAUACAUUUUAUAUAUGUAAUCGAUAAUAUUUUGUUGUGUAGCUGAUUUCAUCGGUGGUUUAUUUGCUCAUAUUUGCAACCGUUGUGAUUUCGUUGUCUCAAAAUUAUAAAGGUGCUUUUUGUAUGUCUUUCUUGUAAGUAUUAAAUGUUCGUUACGAAAUACAUUAUUACCCUGAUGUUUAUUUUGCAUAUUUUAUUUGUGUAUGAUAUUUGCUGUCACAUUUGUGCUCAUAGAAUCUAGCGCUUUGCGUUUUGUUGGUUUUUACAAUUCUUGUCCAAUUCGCUUUUGACACCUUCCAGUAUAAUUAUGUUAUAUUUGAUAUCUCUAAUAAGAUUUGUCUAUCAAUGUUUUUUCAAGUUUCAGUUUUGUUAAAACGCCCACCGGCGUCAAUAUUUUGAUCUUUUUGUUGGUUUUUUAAAUGUCAUAUUAUCUUCAAUAUUAAUACAAUCAGUUAGUGCUGGAUUUUAUUUGGAUUUUUGAUAUUAAGUAAAUGAUUAUCGGAUAUUUCCGUGAUUUUUCUUCGAGGUGUUAAAUUUACUAAUAAUUUUGUUUUGUGUAAUUACCGUUUUGUUCCUUUUUGUACUUAAUGCUAUACAAAUGGAAAAUUUUACAUUAACAAUUUUUUUUUAAUUCUAUUCCGUUAACAGUCGGUUCUCACUUUUACAAGAAUAUUGUUACCCUUGUUUUUAAUUACGGGAAAUACAAAGGUGACAUUUUGUGUUAAUAAAAUUGUAAUAUUGAAGUAGUUUUUUUUUGUAGACGACUUAUGUUUUUUUUAAAAAAACUAUGUGAUAUUGUAACAUUUUCCAUAGUUUCUAAUAUCUUGUUUUGUGUCUUGUUCAACGCUGUGUUUGAUUCGCACGAAUUUGUCUUUUCCAUGUGAUAAUUGUUUGCUUUGUGUGGCUUUGACUGUUAUCUAACGUUUAUAUAAGUGAGAAUCGGUGAAAGUUUUUAUAACAGUUAUCUUAAAAAUUAUUCUUAAAAUGUGAUAUAAUUUUUAAAUUUUUUGUAAGGAAAUGAUUCGGAUUAAAUUUAAAAUAAAUUUGCACGUAACUUUCAAAAUAAGCCUUCACUUAAAUGUUUAUGUAUAUCGGAAUUGUUAGGCCAUGUUUGAUAAUUCUAGUAAAUUAAAAAAAAAAUGAAAAUAGGGAAUUGUAACAUAUAAUUUGACCUAACAUAAACGUGAUUUUCAAGCACACUUUGCUUUUAAGUUAGUUAGGGUGUUAACUUAAAUGUAACGAAUUUGACUUAGUAUUAAGAUUUCGAACGCACUACGUCACUUAUUGGUAGUUUUUGCCAGGAACUUGUACAGAAACAUGUUUAAAUCUCUCUUAUUCUCUUAAAAGAACAAAGGCGGAGAUAAGAAUUGUACAUUUUGACGGAACUUGCCCUUGAUUAUUUUACGAACAAAGUGUGAAUUGUAGGCUUUAAUCAGAUGAUGUCAUACUUGUAUGGAAUCGGUUUGAGGUUAUAUUUCAUACUUUUGAAUUUCUAAGUUUUAUAGGUGGCUUUUUUUAACAAAUGUUGCCGCACGUUUUAUGAUGGUUGGUUUGAUAAAAUCUUUGUUUUUUGUUUAAAAAUACGAUUAUUAGAAAAAAAUUUAAUACAUAUAGUAGAAAUACG